AUGUCUGGUACUAGUCGACCUAGAGGACGACCUCUUGGUUCUGGAGGUAAAAGUAAAAGUAGGGUUACAUCUGAUCAUUCAAGUUUACAACAAAGGAAUGUUACUCAAUAUAUGACUCAGUCACCUUCGAAUACAUCAGCUCCAUCAUCUAGUAAUGCACAGGGUCCUAUCAAUACUUCACCCAUGCCAUCUCCUACUGUAGAAAGGACGCCGACUCCAGAGUAUCAUCAGCAACCACCAAAUGAUGAGUCUGAGACUGUACCACUUACACAAGUUGGUAAUGAUCAUACCAACCAACCCCAAGAAACAAUUCCAUUUGCAGAUCCCACCUUACCCGGUCCUCAUAACACACAUCUACCAUGGGGCAAGGAUCCUUCAGAUAACAAAGUUUGGACGUAUCCUCUACACAUAUCAAAGGCAAUUAAGUCUGUGUUUGAUGGCCCUUACAACAAUUGGAAACAUUGCAACGAUGAAAUCAAACUAUUGUGGUUUAAUGAGUGGGCGAAAAAAUACAAAUGGAUUGGUGAACAUGAAUCAACUAUCAAGGCUAUGUGGGAAUCCAAGGCAAAAGAUUUGCUCAGAAAGAUAAUGGCAAGAGCAUGUGAAAAUAUUUCAUCAAGACCUUCAUGGAUUCCUGAUAAUGUGUGGCUUUUGUUGCUUGCUAUAUGGGAAGAUGAGGAUUAUCAAACAUUACGAUGUGUGGCAUCUGCAAAUCGUCAUUCAGAUACUGGUGGUUCAUUACAUACUCAAGGAUCUAUGAAUCAAUUUAAGCAUGAACUUGAAUUGGCUAAGAGCUUGGGAAGAAUGCCAAAUAAGGGUGAAAUAUUCCAAAAGUGUCAUCUUAGGAAGGGGACACAGACUUUUGUUGAUAAAAGAUCAAGUGAUUCUUAUGACAACUAUCUAAAUCUUUGUUCACAAGCCGAGUCUCAAUCACAAGCCGGUGAUGGUGAGAGUUCUAGUCAACCAAAACCAAUUGAUUAUGAUGCCCUUAUGAUUGAAGCAGUUGGGGGAAGAAAUGCAAAGGGAUUGGUAUAUGGACUUAGUUUGGAUGGAAGGAUGCGUGCUAAAGCAUUAACUUCCAAAUCACAAUAUGCUAACUAUAGUGAUAUUGUCCGAGGUAUGAGUGCUGAGGUUGAGGAAAAACUAAAACAGAAGAUUACAGAGCAGCAACAAACAAUUGAUAAUAUAAGUGCUACCAUUGCUCGACAAAAUAAAAUGAUAGCUCUCUUUGCAAGACAUGCAAACAUUGAUUUGGAUGCAAUGGAUUUGGAUGAAGAUAAUCCUCAUGAUGUUCCAGGAAGUGAUGCUUCAAAUAACAAUAUGAGUGAUGAAUAA